CACUUUCCCACAAUCACAAGACAACAACAAAGCAGAGUCCAAACUCUCACUCCAAAUUCUCUCAAUUUCUCCUCUGAUCCUUUGAUCGUAGCGAAAUUGAUUCACAAAAACAACACAGAGAAGAAGAAGACAACAAUGGCGUCUAUGGCUGCGAUUGGAGUUCUAAAGGUACCUCCUGCUUCGAGUUUCGAUUCCACCGGCAAAGCCACGGAGGUUGUUCCGACGAGAACUCUUUCUUUCUCCUCCUCUGUAACUUCAUCCGACGAGAAGAAGGUUUCACUCAAAUCCACCGUCUUCCGUCGUUUUAAAUCUGUUGUUCGCGGCCGAGAUAUGAUCGUCUCUCCUAAAGCCGUCUCCGAUUCUCAAAACUCACAAACUUGUCUCGAUCCUGAUGCAAGCAGUAGUGUGUUGGGGAUAAUCUUAGGAGGUGGAGCUGGAACUCGUCUUUAUCCUCUUACGAAGAAGAGAGCCAAACCAGCUGUUCCUCUUGGUGCUAACUAUAGGCUUAUUGAUAUUCCUGUGAGCAACUGUUUGAAUAGCAACAUAUCCAAAAUCUAUGUUCUUACUCAGUUCAAUUCCGCGUCUUUAAAUCGUCAUCUUUCACGAGCGUAUGCGAGUAACAUGGGAGGUUAUAAGAAUGAAGGUUUUGUUGAAGUUCUUGCUGCUCAACAAAGUCCGGAAAAUCCCAACUGGUUCCAGGGAACAGCUGAUGCAGUGAGGCAAUACUUGUGGUUGUUUGAGGAGCAUAAUGUUUUGGAGUAUCUGAUUCUUGCUGGGGAUCAUUUGUAUAGAAUGGACUAUGAGAAGUUUAUUCAAGCACAUAGGGAGACUGAUGCUGAUAUUACAGUAGCUGCAUUACCAAUGGACGAGCAACGCGCUACUGCUUUUGGGCUGAUGAAGAUCGAUGAAGAAGGACGUAUAGUUGAAUUUGCUGAAAAACCAAAGGGGGAGCACUUAAAGGCCAUGAAGGUUGAUACAACAAUUCUAGGUCUUGAUGAUAAGAGAGCCAAGGAGAUGCCUUACAUUGCUAGUAUGGGUAUUUAUGUUGUAAGCAGAGAUGUAAUGCUAGAAUUACUACGGGACAAGUUUCCUGGAGCUAAUGACUUUGGAAGCGAAGUCAUUCCCGGUGCCACUUCCCUUGGACUGAGGAUUCAACAGCUACUUGUAGCUGAUUAUGCUAUGCAGAAGCAAAACCUGCUAACUUUGAUGAUGGCACUGCAGGUGCAAGCUUACCUAUAUGAUGGCUACUGGGAAGACAUUGGUACUAUAGAGGCAUUCUAUAAUGCAAAUCUUGGAAUCACCAAGAAACCAGUUCCUGAUUUUAGUUUCUAUGAUCGUUCUGCUCCUAUCUACACACAGCCACGUUAUUUACCACCGUCUAAGAUGCUUGAUGCUGAUGUCACUGACAGUGUCAUUGGAGAGGGAUGUGUUAUCAAGAACUGCAAAAUUCAUCACUCUGUGGUUGGACUCCGUUCCUGCAUAUCAGAAGGUGCCAUUAUUGAAGAUUCGCUAUUAAUGGGAGCUGACUAUUACGAGACUGCUUCGGAAAAGAGCCUCCUAAGCGCGAAAGGAAGUGUACCCAUAGGUAUUGGGAAAAACUCGCACAUCAAAAGGGCCAUCAUCGACAAAAACGCACGUAUUGGUGACAAUGUCAAGAUCAUAAACAGUGACAAUGUGCAAGAGGCAGCGAGAGAGACUGAUGGAUAUUUCAUAAAGAGCGGAAUUGUUACCGUUAUCAAAGACGCCUUAAUCCCAACCGGCACUCUCAUCUAAAGUACACAAGUAAUGCUCCUCUGUUUAUUUCUCUUUCUUCCUAAUAAACACAAGCAGAAACACACUUUGAUGAUGUAUACUCCCUAUCAAUAAGCUUUUUUUAUGGCUUUUAAGCCCCAAUAAAUCUACUACUGGUUGUAUUGCUGCUUAGAACUAUCUGGAUCGUAGUUUCAAGCUAAUAACUAGUUCGAACCAUAUAACUUAUGUCGAAUGAUGGACUGAAAGAAAA